AAAAGAAAGAGAAAAAAACAUAAAGACCGUCUCGCUGGGAAGCAGGCAGAAGCGGCAGCAGCCACAGCCACAAGCCACAACAGCGCCACAGCCCACGUUGGCGAAGGGGGAGGAAGGGAGGCAACAUUUCCAUGUGCCCACAUGGCUCUCUGCAGCUGUACUGUUCUUCUUCACAUUACUUUCUCCCUUCUUCGUCACCAUUUCCUCUCCUCCUAAGCCCAUCCCUAAUUUCAUUCCCAUUUCUCUUUUCCUUCUCUUCCCUGAUCCCAUUUCUUCCUCUCCUUUGAUACCCAGAAGAAAGUCAUUAAAAAUUUAGGAGAAGAUGAAGGAGGGCAACGAUGGGUUUGUGCGGGCGGAUCAGAUUGAUCUCAAGAGUCUUGACGAGCAACUUGAGCGCCAUCUCAACAGGGUUUGGACUAUGGACAAGAACAAGCGAUCCGAAGAUCCUAAUGCCCUUCCUCCUCCUUCUGCUGCUGCUCCUGUUCCAGCUACUACUACUUCCCUCCACGCUUCUAAACCUACAUCCAUGGCCGCCGCUACCGCCGCCUUGACUAAGGACAGGCGGGAAUGGGAGAUUGACCCUUCUAACCUUAUUAUCAAGGGUGUCAUUGCUCGUGGCACCUUCGGCACCGUUCACCGUGGUGUCUACGAUGGCCUCGAUGUCGCCGUUAAGCUGCUUGACUGGGGUGAAGAGGGACAUAGGACGGAAGCUGAGAUUGCCUCUCUAAGAGCUGAUUUCACACAAGAAGUUGCUGUUUGGCAUAAGCUUAAUCAUCCUAAUGUCACUAAGUUCAUAGGUGCAACAAUGGGCUCCUCCGACUUACAUAUACAAACUGAGAACGGUCAAAUUAACAUGCCUAAAAACAUAUGCUGUGUUGUUGUGGAAUAUCUUCCUGGAGGUGCACUGAAAUCUUACCUUAUAAAGAACCGCAGACGGAAGUUAGCUUUUAAAGUAGUUGUCCAGCUGGCGCUUGAUAUGGCUAGAGGGUUAAGUUAUCUUCAUUCUCAGAAGAUAGUUCACAGAGACGUGAAGACUGAAAACAUGUUGCUGGAUAAGACACGCACUGUGAAGAUUGCAGAUUUCGGGGUAGCUCGUGUUGAGGCUUCAAACCCUAAUGAUAUGACUGGGGAGACAGGGACACUCGGAUAUAUGGCUCCUGAGGUUUUGAAUGGAAAUCCGUACAAUAGGAAAUGCGACGUGUAUAGUUUUGGUAUCUGUUUAUGGGAAAUCUAUUGUUGCGACAUGCCAUACCCUGAUCUUAGCUUCUCGGAAGUGACCUCUGCUGUUGUCCGCCAGAAUCUCAGACCAGAGAUACCAAGAUGUUGCCCCAGCGCGCUGGCAAACAUAAUGAAGCGGUGUUGGGAUGCCAGCCCUGACAAGCGGCCCGAGAUGGACGAGGUUGUGUCCUUGUUGGAGGCUGUUGACACAACCAAAGGGGGAGGGAUGAUCCCUCCGGACCAACAAGGCGGCUGUCUUUGCUUCCGCAGAAACCGAGGUCCUUGAAUCCCCUCCCUCCUGCUUAUGAAGAUGUCACUGUAUGUACUAAAUGGUAAAGUUAAUGGUCGAAUUAAUGGGGACACAUACUAGGGGGUUGUGGAGGAGAUGCAGUAGAUCUUGAGUCUAUUAAACCAUGUAAAGCUUUUCAUUUCUCUCGUCUCUUCCUGCUUCGUUUCUUUUCUUAGUUUGGGGUAGUAAUUUUUCUAGGAGGGUAUGGCUAAUGUCUUCUUCCUGCCAUAUAAAUAUGAUGAUGAACUCAUUUGUGAAGCAAGCCCUCCUAGUCCUAGGUCACUGCUAAACUAUUAGUAUUAUGGGAAAAGUUUAGCGGUUUGUGUACCUGAAACUGAACAGAGAUUGAGUUGUGUAGUUGAUUAAAUAUUGUGUAGAUGUUUGCCUCUGGACGUAGCAAUUAAAGAACGAUUUUCUGUUGUAUGUGUCAUGAAGUCGAUUUGUGUAAUUUGGGUUAAUACUUUAAUGCG